AUGGCUGGAGAUCACGUAGGCGUGGGAGACGAAGAAAGCCUCCACAUUGGGAGUAGAAUCCAGCCAUUCUCCUCCACCCCAAGGACUGAAGAAUGGCAGAGAGAGGAUGCCAUGAAGACUAGCACGACCACCUUCAGUCAAUUACUCUCUGAGAGGUUGGGCUUGCCCGACUUUUUCACCUUGGAGGUGUGGCGAGCAUCAGUAGCAGAGCUGUUCGGCACAGCGGCACUCGUCUUCUUAAUCGACACAAUCGUUAUCUCCUCCUUCGAAACCGACACAAAGACUCCAAACCUUAUGAUUGCAGCCCUCGUAUUUCUCACUGUAUCGAUACUCCUCAUUGCUACAGCUCCCGUAUCCGGUGGCCACAUCAACCCAGUCAUCACAUUCUCAGCAAUGCUGCUCGGCCUCAUCUCUCCAGCCCGCUCUACCAUCUACAUUCUCGCCCAGUGCAUGGGAGGCGUGCUUGGGGCACUUGCACUCAAGGCCAUUAUCAGUGAUACCGUCCAGCAGGCAUAUUCGCUCGGUGGAUGUACUCUCACCAUCAUUGCACCCGGACCGAACGGGCCGAUCAACAUCGGUAUCGAGACAGGUCCUGGCCUCUGGCUUGAGAUCGUAUGCACGUUCAUAUUCCUCUAUGCAUCGAUAUGGAUGGCAUUAGAUGGACGGCAGGCGAAGGCCUAUGGGCUUGUCAAGGUGUGUUUCAUCGUCGGUGCUGUGGUGGGGCUGUUGGUGUUUAUAUCGACGACAUUGACGGCGAAGAAAGGGUACUCCGGCGCUGGGUUGAACCCGGCUCGGUGUGUGGGGCCCGCACUUGUGAGAGGGGGCCACCUCUGGGAUGGUCACUGGGUGUUUUGGGUGGGGCCUACGAUCGCCUGUCUAGCCUUCUAUUUGUACGUCAAGGUCAUUCCACGUCAGCAUUUCCAUGCACUUGAGUAUAAGUACGACUUCUUUACUACACUGAAGGUUCUGUUUCGGUGGUAG